AUGACCGGGCCGGAAGACUCGCCAUGUCGGAUCCUGGUAAUGGCCUCUGGCUUCGGCUCGAACUUCCAGGCUCUCAUAGAUGCUAUAUCUACGGGGCAGCUUCGAAAUAGCCGCAUCAUUUCUCUCGUCACGAACCGGAGAAAUGCACACGCAAUUGUUCGAGCGGAUGAAGCAGGCAUUCCUUGGGAUUACUUCAAUCUAAUCAGUAACGGGUUUUUGCCGAAGGGAGAAACAGACGAGCAGAAAGUAGCUGAAGGCCGUCAAAGAUAUGAUGCUGCUUUGGCCGCGAGGAUUCUAUCUACUGAUAAGGAAAGGCCUGAGUUGAUUAUUCUCGCUGGUUGGAUGCAUGUCUUCUCAACUGCUUUCCUAGAACCUAUCCAAAGGGCAGGGGUGCGGAUUAUCAACAUCCACCCGGCACUACCCCGGGAAUUCGAUGGAGCCAUGGCGAUCGAGCGAGCUUUCGCAGAGUUUAAGGCUGGGCGACUAACACGCACGGGUAUUAUGGCCCACUACGUAAUUGAUGAGGUGGAUAGGGGUGCUCCUAUCCUGGUCAAAGAGAUUGAGUGGAAGGGGGAGGAGCUGGAAGAGUUGAAGGAGAGGAUGCAUAUCCAUGAGCACGAGCUGAUCGUGAAGGCAACGGCGAAGGUGGUGCAGGAGAUAGUGGAGGGCAGGGGAACGUAA